CAGUUAGGUUUUAACUUUUGCAAGGUGCGCUUGCUUACUGCUGCUCGCCGGGGCUGUGCUUGAAUAUCAAACAUAUUUAUUACUACCAUUGGCACAUUUAAAUUGUGUGGCCCGCUCAAGAACUUUUUCGGUUUGUUUCCUCAAUUUUGAAUGCUGAGCGCGUGCCAAAAGCCAAAACCAAAUACGAGCAACAACAACAACAACAAGCACGUUACAAGUGUCGCGACCGCAAAAAGCAACAAGUGCUGUGCACGCGCGUGUGUGUGUGUUUCUUAUUCGAUUUGAACGUUUUGUAACUUUUGUUACCGCCGCUUCUGCUGACAGCGGCGGGUCAAGCUAACGGUAGACGAUCAAAAAAAAAAAAUAUCGAAAAGAAAUUCAAACAACCACUAAAACAACUACUGCAGACACAAAAUGGAGACGGGUUUGCACGAACGCGAUCGCGCUGGAGUGCAAGACUUUGUGCUGCUCGAGAACUAUCAAAGCGAGGAUGCGUUCAUUGACAAUCUGAAGAAGCGCUUCCAGGAGAACCUCAUCUAUACCUACAUUGGCCAGGUGCUCAUCUCGGUGAAUCCGUACAAGCAGCUGCCCAUCUACUCGGAUGCGCACAUCAAGGAAUACCGCAACAAGCACUUCUACGAGAUGCCGCCACAUGUCUUUGCGGUCACCGACAAUGCGUUUCGCUCGCUGAUCGAGGAGAAUCGCGGCCAGUGUGUGCUCAUCUCGGGCGAGAGUGGCUCAGGCAAAACGGAAGCCUCCAAGAAGGUGCUGCAAUACAUUGCCGCCUGCUCCGGCCAUCAGACGACCGUCGAGGGCGUGAAGGAUAAGUUGCUGAAGAGCAAUCCGGUGCUGGAGGCCUUUGGCAAUGCCAAGACGAAUCGCAACGACAACUCGUCGCGCUUUGGCAAGUACAUGGAUAUUCAGUUCGAUUACAAAGGCGCCCCCAUUGGCGGCAACAUCCUCAACUAUCUGUUGGAGAAGUCGCGUGUGGUGGCACAAACCGCUGGCGAGCGCAACUUCCACAUCUUCUAUCAGCUGCUGGCUGGCGCAGAUGCCAAUCUGUUGCAGGAACUGCGCCUGGAGAGCGCCCUGGACAGCUACAGUUACCUCAGCGAUGGCCUCAAGGGCAGCGUGGCCAGCAUCAAUGAUGCGGACAACUUCAAGCAGGUGCAGCAGGCAUUGAGUGUCAUCGACUUCAGUGCCGAGGAGCAGCGUGAGAUCUUUGGCAUUGUGGCCAGCAUCUUGCAUCUGGGCAACAUUGGCUUCAACGAGGUCGAAGGCAAUGCCCAGGUGAACAAUCGUGAUCUUGUGGUCACCGUCUCCCGUUUGUUGGGCGUCAACGCCAGUGAAUUGGGCGCCGCUUUGACGCAUCGCACCAUCGAUGCACGUGGCGAUGUGGUUACCUCGCCACUCAACCAAGAGCUCGCCAUCUAUGCACGCGAUGCCUUGGCCAAGGCUGUCUAUGAUCGCAUGUUCUCGUGGCUGGUGCAGCGCUUGAACGUUUCGCUGCAGGCGAAGGAGACGCGUGGGGCACGCAACAAUGUCAUGGGCAUUCUGGACAUCUAUGGCUUUGAGAUCUUUAAGCGCAACAACUUUGAGCAGUUCUGCAUCAAUUUCUGCAACGAGAAACUGCAGCAGUUGUUCAUUGAGCUGACGCUAAAGUCCGAACAGGAUGAGUACAGACGUGAGGGCAUCGAAUGGAUUCCCGUUGAGUAUUUCGACAACAAGGUGAUCUGCAAUCUGAUCGAGGAGAAGCACAAGGGCAUCAUUUCCAUUUUGGACGAGGAAUGCUUGCGUCCCGGCGAGCCCACCGAUCGCACUUUCUUGGAAAAACUCACCCAGAAGCUGGCCGAGCAUCAUCAUUAUGUGUGCCACGAGAAGGCGCCAAUUCAUGUGCAAAAGAUCAUGGGACGCGAUGAGUUCCGUCUCGUGCACUAUGCCGGCGAGGUGACCUACAGCGUCAAUGGUUUCCUCGACAAGAACAACGAUCUGUUGUUCCGUGACCUGAAGGAGACGUUGAGCAAGGCGGGCAACACCAUUGUGCGCAGCUGUUUCCCCGAGCAGGAACUGCGCAGCAAGAAACGUCCCGAGACGGCGAUUUCACAGUUCAAGACAUCGCUGAACAAUCUGAUGGACAUCCUGAUGUGCAAGGAACCCAGCUAUAUACGCUGCAUCAAACCAAACGAACUGCAAUCGCCGGGCAUCUUUGAUGAUCAGCUGGUGCUGCAUCAGGUCAAGUAUUUGGGUCUGAUGGAGAAUCUGCGUGUGCGUCGCGCCGGUUUCGCCUACAGACGUAGCUAUGAGCUCUUCCUCAACCGGUACAAGUCCCUCAGCAAGAACACGUGGCCUAAUUACAAGGGCGCUGGCGGUGCCAAGGCUGCUGUGCAGUUGCUGGUCAAGGAUCUGGGCUACGAUAACGAACAGUACAGGCUGGGCGAAACGAAGCUCUUUAUUCGCUGGCCACGCACACUUUUCGACACCGAGGAUGCGUAUCAGGCGAAGAAGCACGACAUUGCCUCCAUCAUUCAGGCGCAUUGGAAGGGUCUGUUGCAGCGUCGCAAGUAUCUGAAGCUGCGCGCUCAGGUCAUUGUUCUGCAGAGCUAUUGCCGCCGUCGUCUGGCACAGCAGGCGGCCAAGCAGCGUCGCGAGGCUGCGGACAAGAUUCGUGCCUUCAUCAAGGGCUUUAUUACACGCAACGAUGCGCCAAAUGGUUUCAACGAGGACUUUAUUGCGAAUGCCAAGCGCAUGUGGCUGCUGCGUCUGGCCAAGGAGCUGCCCACGAAGGUGCUCGACAAGAGCUGGCCCUCGGCUCCGGGUCAUUGUCAGGAGGCCUCAAGCUAUCUGCAUCGCCUGCAUCGUUUGCACUUGGCACGCAUUUAUCGCCUCAAGCUGACGCCGCAGCGUAAGCGACAGUUUGAGCUUAAGGUGCUUGCCGAGAAGGUAUUCAAGGGCAAGAAGAACAACUAUGAGAGCAGCGUGCCCGCCUGGUUCCAGGAUGAUCGUGUGCCCAAGGAGCAUAUUCAGCGUGUCAAUGACUUUGUUGCCAGCACUUUUGGCAGCGAACAACUCAAGUAUCAAUCGUCCUGCACGAAAUUCGAUCGUCACGGCUACAAGGAACGCGAACGCUUCAUUCUGCUGAGCAACCAGGCUGUCUAUGUGCUGGAUGGCAAGAGCUACAAGCAGAAGCAUCGCCUGCCACUCGAGAAGAUUGACUUUACGCUGACGAACCACAAUGAUGACCUCAUGGUGAUUCGGAUACCGCUCGAUCUGAAAAAGGACAAGGGCGAUUUGAUUCUAAUCAUUCCACACGUCAUCGAGUUCUGCACCUACAUCAUUGAUACUGUUGGCACUGCCAACAUUGUCUCCAUCGUGGACAGAGCCUCGCUGGAACACAAUGUUGUCAAGGGCAAGGGCGGAGUCAUAGAGCUGACUACGGGCGCGGAGCCCGGAAUUGUACGUGAUAAGAGUGGCCAUCUCGUUGUUAUUGCUGGUCAAUAAGGAAUUUAACACAAAUAACUAAUUAAUGGCUUUAAAUCAAACGACAAUUGUUUUGUUACUAUAUGCUUGUAAUUUAUAUACUGUAUUUUUGUAUUUUGUUAAUGCAACGAGGCGUGUAAUUUUGAUUUUAUACAUUUAUGUACCUAUUAUGUUUCCCUAUUAAACGUAUACGUAUGCAGCUGUUUAUAUGAAUCGUAAAUAAAUAUGAGAGCUUAUUAUAUAUAUAA